AUGAUUCUUUCGGCUGGAAACGAGUGGGCGAAGAAAGCACAAUCACUGCUCGCAGCUGAGCUUGGUAUGAUUUCGGUCCAGAACCUGAUGUCAGCUGUCCUGCUGCAUGACCAUGAAAUAAGGAUCGGGAACUACGCUGGCGCAUUUGUGCUUACUGGUACCAUUACCCGCAUGGCGCAAGCACUCCAGCUCAAUCUGGAAUACUCAACAGAUAUUUUCCACGAUGAACCAAACAACGGACCGACGGUGUGCUCGAAAGAAGCAAGGAGACGAUUGAUGUGGAGUUGCUACAUAUUGGACACAUUGAUUGGCAGUGGUGUUGAUCAAUUGACUCUGUUCAGUGAACCGGAUAUCAAAAUCCAGCUGCCAUGUAAUGAGCGCAACUUUGUCCUUCAAGUGCCUUGCGUCACGGAGAUGUUACCCACAGGUCAGCCAUUGCCGUUCAUAUCCCCUAAACAAAUUCCACCUCGAGUGAUCGACAACAUCGGCAUUGUGGCUUUAUAUGUUCGGCUGAUAGCGCUUCGUAAGCAAGUGCUAAGAUAUACCAAGCAACUGGAGACAGUGCUGCCUCCAUGGUUACCCGAAUCUGAAUUUGCGAAGCUAGACAAUGCUUUGCAUGAGUGGUAUCAACAAUUGCCGCCCAGCCUUCAAUUUACCAGGGCGGCACUAUAUACACGACGAGAAUCUUCACAGCUUGGCGCGUUUGUCUUGCUUCAGUGUACCUACAAUUGGACAACGGUAGACCUAUAUCGAAUAGCUCUGCCGAAGCUGUAUCGAUUACGACCACCUUGGAAAUGUAGCGAGGAGUUCCGAGCACGAUUGCAGGAGACCAUUUUCAUCCAUGCACAAAGGUGCUCGACGGUGCUGGCCGAUGCGUCAAGACACGGCAUAACAACUCUGGCGGACACGUGGCUGCCUACGAUAGCGUUCGAUGGCAACAGGUUGAUGCUGUACUACAUCACACAGAUUCUGGGGCUGGACACGGAAAAGGGUCAAACGGCACUAGCAGACUGUAUGCCUUAUUGUCGCAGCAACCUCGAGCUUCUGAAAACCAUGCAGUCGAUGUCGGCUAUGGCGGAAUCAUUGUAUCCUACAGCUAAAGAAAUGUUGAAGAAGGCAACGACGAUUCAGCAGAUUGCCAGGUCGAGGGAGCGCGGGUCAGAACAGGAGAUCAUAACAAGAACCAGGGAGAACACACCGGACCACAACGGGCCUGACUACGUGUUACAGCCCACGACCGUGUACAGAAUGGCGAGGGACUCGAUCGCAACACAAGAGAAGCAUGCCUUUGAAAAGACCCGAGCACAACGGUUACGACUACAAACACAUUCGGCAGGAUCCAAUUCGCCUAUGUCGCACAGUAUAUCUGCGGCGUCCCGAGCUCAGCCACCGAAUCUGAAUGCCUGGAUAAGUCCGUCGUCAGCAACAGGUCAACUAACCCCGUUACCACCAAAUACAAACAUGCUUCAGCUGGAGCCGACAGCACCUCCCAUGCAUGAAUUUGACAACUUCUUCUCGGCGAACGGGUUCGAUGGUACUUGGCAGCCAGCGGAAACAGCGGCCACUGCAUUCGAUGCUAGUGGGCUUCCUGCCUGGCUGCCUGCAAUGACGGACAUGUAUGCUGAUCUGAAUGCUGGACCGUGGCCAAUGGGAACGGAUAUUAUGAAUGGGUAUCCGGGCUCAGGUCCUGGCGCGAUGUGA